AUGGGAGGGCCCUGCCUCGGGAUGAUUCCGCCUGGCAUCGACCUUGGGCCUGCUCUUCCAAAGAACUGCUCUGGGGGAAACACCAAGGUGUAUGUGAAUGCGAGGGAGCUGCAUCGCAAGGACCUGGACAGACUCGUGAAGAGGGGGCUGCCGCUGACAGACAACAUGGCGUAUCGAGUCGAGGCGAACGGGAAUGUGUUUGACGGUCUCAGCGGGGAGUUCCUGGUCAACCUUGGGAAGCUCGCACCCUCCCUUGACAACCGAAAGCGCGGACCUGGAAUGAGGAUCCCAGACGCCACCAAAUAG